AUGCCUUGUUCAACAACAACACCAUCAUGUGGUAAUGUUGAAGGUUUACCAUUCGAAGAUCGAUGUAAUUUUGUGAAAAAUAGUGGAUUAUGUGAUUCUCAUACUCAAUUUAUUAAUUACAUUUAUCUUCAAUUUUGUAUAUUCAAUCCAACAUCCUCUGGAAUUCGUCAAAUAAUAUCGUAUAUUUUAAAUUUAAUAAUAUGUGUGUAUUACUUUUUAAUAUUAGCUGUAGCUGCUGACAAAUUUUUUUGCCCAGCAUUGUCGACAUUAGGAAAAUUAUUGAAAUUAAAUGAAAAUAUUGCUGGUUUAACUUUAUUAGCUUUAGGAAAUUCAUCACCUGAUUUUUUAUCUUGUUUUACAACACUUAAUCAUGAAAAUCCAAUAUUAUUUUCACAAAUAAUUGGUGGUGGACUUUUUGUAACCACAUUAAUUGGUGGUAUUAUCAUUUGUAUUAAACCAUUCAAAUUAAAUCCAAUGAUUUUUUUGAGAGAUUCUUUAUUCUUACUAAUAUCAAUAUUAUUACUUGAAAUAUUUUUACAACCUGAUUAUGUUAUAACAAUUAGAGAAUGUAUGUUUGUAUUCAUGGACCAACAUUAUGCAAAGAGAUCAGGUGAAGCAUUGGAAAUGAAAUUUUCAAGUCAAAAUAUUGUUUAUACCGUUGAAGAUUGGAAAAAGUCUGGAUUGUUUGGAAGAUGCUUAAUUAUUUUGAGUAUGCCAUCUACUUUUGUUCUGAAAUUAUUUAUUCCAAUUGUCGAUCAUGAUCAAUUAAAAAGUGGAUGGUGUCAUCUAUUAAAUUCGAUCCAGAUAUCAAUUUUGCCACUUUUUCUCAUAAUUUACUCAAUAAUUGGAUCAGUUUAUGUUAUUUGGGCAAUUGCUCAUGAAAUUUUAAAUAUUAUUGCAUUAUUAGCAAUAGUAUUUAGAUUAAGUCCAGCUUUUAUUGGAUGUACAUUAUUAUCAUGGGGUAAUUGUGUUGGUGAUUUAAUGGCUGAUAUAGCAUUAUCUAAACGUGGAUAUCAAGAAAUGGCUUAUUCAGCAACAUUCGGUAGUCCAAUGUUUAGUAUCCUUUUUAAAAUUCCUGUUGGAUCUUUAAGUUCUAAUUGUUCAACAUUUUUAAUUAUUUCAUUGAGUUCAACAAUAAUCGCUUUGUCAUUAACAAAUUUUACAGCAAGACGUUCAUUAGGAAUAUUUUUAAUUUUAUUUUAUAUAAUAUUUUUAAUUGGAACUAUGGCAGCACAUUUUGAAAUUAUUCAUGCUUAUGGAACUGAUCAUAAUAUUGAUUAUAGAUUUCAAGAUGGUGAAACUUUAGUAUCAUUUUUUUAA